CCUACGACUUAGUGGGUUGGCACUGGCUCCUUGGUAUUCCCAUUAACGCGAUUAAAACAAAAUCAAUGACAUUGCUUUGAAAUGGGUUUCUUGUGUUGGAUUUCUCUACCACUUUCAAAAAGUAAUAGGAGAAAUAGAAGCCCACUAAGCUCUUGGCUAAAAUACCCAAUAUGCCCAUUGGGUUCGAUUUGCUUACUGAUUUAUCUAUCUCAGCCGAAUCGAAGCACAAAACAAAAAAACCAAUCGGAUCUCGCUAGGUUUGUUUCUCAUCCUUUCAUUUGCAUUUCAUUUUAUCAAAUAAGCUUGGUUUUAAGAUUAAGGCACCAUUUACGUAAUGGGUUUUCUUCCAUAAAACCUUCUGAAUCUCAGAUUAUAACUCUCGGUGCUUUCAACUCAAACAGAUUGUCUCGAAAUUUUAGUCAGCCCGCAAAGCAAGAACAAGUAGUCGAGGAAGAAAAAGAAGUUGAGAUUGAUCAAAGGAGAAUCCCUGCCGACUAUCAUCCUUCUAAUUUCGAUCCAACCGAACACCGUACUCCUCCAACGGAGCGUGUUUGGAGACUCGUUGAUGAAAUCUCUGGACUUACUUUAUCUGAAACUGCCGAGUUAGGCUCUGUUAUAACGAAGAAACGUGGAAUGACUGAGCCGCCGACUGUGGGAGUCAUGAAGGCUGGUGCUGCUGCUGACUGGUCUGGAAUGGCAACGAAAGUGACAGGUGGUGCGGCGGCGGCUAAGGAAGAGAAGAAACCAGAUAAGACUGUUUUCGAAUUGAAAUUGGAGUCAAAUGAAGCUGCUUCGAAGAUUAAAAUAAUAAAGGAGGUCAGGAGUUUUACUGAUUUGGGUCUAAAGCAAGCCAAGGACUUGGUUGAGAAAACGCCAUUUAUCUUGAAAAAAGGUGUCUCAAAGGAAGAAGGUGAGCUAAUAAGUGAGAAGAUGAAGGCUGUUGGUGCUAAAGUUGUUUUGGAAUGAACAUUGGGAUUUUUACGAAACUACAACGUUGCAAAUCCUCAACAAUUGUAGUUUGAAGUGCCCAAAAAAUUAACUCUCAUACUCUGUUGAUCGUUGAGCUUUAUCAAGUUGGAAUCUUUUAAUCAGUUCAUUUUUUAUUACUAUGUUGUUUACUUUUAGUAGAAUAAUUAAAAUGAUUAUCAAUUUCAAAAUGCUAACUAGAUGUUAACCCUCUUCAAUUGUUGUAAUACAAGUUUCUUACCUUUUUGGCCCAAUUCUUUUACUCAUGCAU